GACUAGUUUGUGAAGUGGGUGGAAUUAAGAGUGACAUCAUUUCGCAUCAUCAUCGCACCGGAUAGCGUAAGUCCAAGAAAGAGUUUGAGAAACUUGAAGAACACGAGCAGGAGCCCAAAGUGACUUACAAUCAGUUUAGAACACAUCCAACUCACUUAAGAAGUUUAAGAGACCCAAGUUGACAGAAGACGAUGAUCGCCUCUCAUUUACUGGCAUACUACUUCACUGAGCUUCACCAUGAUCACGUCCAGAAAGUGGAUAAGUUCCUGUAUCACAUGCGACUGUCAAAUGAUAACCUGAUGGAUGUCUCCAAGCGGUUCAGGAGGGAGAUGGAUAAAGGACUAGGCAGAGACACUAACCCCACCGCAGCUGUCAAGAUGCUCCCCACCUUUGUCCGCUCAACACCUGAUGGCACAGAAACGGGCGACUUCCUUGCCCUGGACUUGGGAGGAACAAAUUUUCGAGUUCUGCUUGUCAAAGUGUCCAGUAAUGGAGGACAAAAGGUGGAGAUGGAAAAUCAGAUCUACGCCAUUCCAGAGAACAUAAUGAGGGGCAGUGGGUCAGAGCUCUUCGAUCACAUAGCUGAAUGCUUGGCCAGUUUCCUCGAAAAAUUGGGCAUCAAAGACAAGAAGCUCCCUCUUGGCUUUACCUUUUCAUUUCCUUGCCAGCAGACCAAACUAGAUGAGAGUUUUCUGGUGUCCUGGACCAAAGGUUUUAAGGCGAGUGGGGUGGAGGGGAGAGAUGUUGUGGGCCUGUUGAGAAAAGCCAUCAAGAAGAGAGGGGACUUUGACAUUGACAUUGUGGCUGUGAUCAAUGACACCGUUGGCACCAUGAUGACCUGUGGGUAUGACGACCAUAACUGUGAGAUCGGCCUCAUUGUCGGAACGGGCACCAAUGCGUGUUACAUGGAGGAGAUGCGGCACUUGGAGCUGGUGGACGGUGAUGAAGGUCGUAUGUGUGUGAACAUGGAGUGGGGUGCGUUCGGUGAUGAUGGCUCCCUGGAUGACAUCCGCACUGAAUUCGACCGGGAGAUUGACGCUGGGUCCCUGAACCCUGGCAAACAGCUGUUUGAGAAGAUGAUUAGUGGGAUGUACAUAGGGGAGCUGGUCAGACUCAUCCUGGUGAAGAUGGCCAAAGACGGUCUGCUGUUCCAGGGACACACCACUCCAGAUCUGCUCACCACUGGCCACUUCCAGACUUCCUUUGUCUCUGCCAUUGAAAAUAUAAAGAAAAAUGAGGGUCUGGUGAGUGCAGAGAAGGUGUUGAGAGAACUCGGACUGGACCCGUCCCCUGAAGACUGCAUGGCUGUGCAGCGUGUGUGUGUGAUUGUGUCUACACGUGCGGCCCAUCUCUGUGCUGCCACGCUUGCGGCUGUCCUACGGCAGAUUCGAGAUAACAAAGCCGUAGAGAAAUUUCGCACCACUGUUGGCGUGGAUGGAUCGGUCUACAAAAACCACCCACAGUUUGCCCGCCGACUGAAUAAGAUGGUGCGGUUAUUGGUGCCUGACUGUGACGUGCGUUUCUUGCGCUCUGAGGAUGGCAGUGGUAAGGGGGCUGCCAUGGUUACAGCUGUGGCAUACCGGUUGGCAAAGCAGCAUGCAGCGCGUCAGCGUAUCCUGAACACCCUGCGUCUCAAUCGGGAUCAACUCCUGGAGGUGAAGAAAAGGAUGGAGGAGGAGAUGAACCGAGGCUUGGCUAAAAAAACACAUGACAUGGCAACUGUCAAAAUGCUGCCCACCUUUGUACGCUCCACACCGGAUGGAACAGAGCGUGGCGACUUCUUGGCCCUGGAUCUGGGCGGUACAAACUUCAGGGUGCUCUUGGUGCGCGUUCGAAGUGGGAAAAGACGGAGCGUGGAGAUGCAUAAUAAGAUCUACACCAUCCCCCAAGACAUUACCAAGGGCACCGGCGAGGAGUUAUUUGAUCACAUCGUGCACUGUAUUGCUGACUUCCUGGAAUAUAUGGGUAUGAAGGGGGCAUCAAUGCCUCUGGGUUUUACCUUCUCGUUUCCUUGCCAUCAGACCCGACUGGACCAGGGUGUCUUGAUAAAGUGGACAAAGGGCUUCAAGGCCUCAGGGUGUGAGGGAGAGGAUGUGGCCACGCUGCUGAAAGAUGCCAUCCAUCGCAGUGAGGAAUUUGAUUUGGAUGUGGUAGCUGUUGUGAAUGACACUGUGGGCACGAUGAUGACAUGUGGGUACGAAGACCCACAAUGUGAAGUUGGGCUCAUUGUUGGCACAGGGACUAACGCAUGCUACAUGGAGGAGAUGUCAAACGUUGAGCUGGUGGAUGGAGAUGAGGGUCGUAUGUGUGUGAACAUGGAGUGGGGAGCGUUUGGGGACCGCGGGGAGCUGGAUGACUUGUGCACAGAGUUUGAUCGAGCUGUUGAUGACCAAUCCACUUACCCUGGGAAACAGCGGUAUGAGAAGAUGAUCAGCGGGAUGUAUCUUGGUGAGAUCGUCAGAAAUGUCCUCUUGGACUUCACUGACAAAGGUCUGCUUUUCCGCGGCAAAGCUUCAGAAAGACUGAAAAAGCGCGGCAUCUUUGAAACCAAGUUCCUGUCGCAGAUUGAGAGCGAUCGUUUGGCACUGAGGCAAGUUCGUUCCAUCCUGCAGCACCUGGGUUUGACCAGCAGUACGUGUGACGACAGUAUCCUUGUGAAGGAAGUUUGCAGUGUAGUGUCCAAACGGGCAGCCCAGUUGUGUGGAGCUGGUCUGUCGGCCGUGGUGGACAAGAUACGAGUGAACCGUGGCCUUGAGAAACUCAGCAUCACCGUAGGAGUGGACGGCACGCUCUACAAACUCCACCCACACUUUUCUACCAUUAUGCGGGAGACCUUAAGAGACCUGGCACCCAACUGUGAGGUUGAUCUCGUCCAAUCAGAAGAUGGCAGUGGAAAAGGUGCUGCCCUCAUCACGGCUGUGGCUUGUCGAUUAAGAGAUGCUGGAAAGAAAUGACUGAACAAAAUACUAUAAAGGGAAAAAGAUUAUAAGAGAGAAAUUACAUGAUGAGCUUCCUUUUUUGCCAUAAUGUCACCUUAAUGAAAAAACACUCCUGUCUGUGAAUGAAUGUAUCUUAUUUAUUUUUGUUCCAUUUUAUGGUUUUGGUCAUUAAUUGCAUGGACUUGGCAUAUGCUGGUGAGGGAUUGUUCAUAAAAAAAAGGGGGGAAAAUCAAGCAGAAGAAAAACUAACUAUUAUAUAUAUUUACAUUGUUAAUGAUUUGAAUUACUGUACUGUCUGAGAUUUUAUUCAUCUGUUGAGCUGUGAAGUUGGUGUGUAAACAGAAUUUUUAUUUUGGGGUGAACUCUUCUUUUUAAAGGAAUAGCUCUCACAAAAAUGUUAAUCAGCUAAAAAAAAAAAAAUAAUAAUAAUAAUAAUUACCCUCAUGGCCAUCCAAGCUGAAGAUAAGUUUUUUCAGUCAUCAGAACAGACUUGCAGAAAUGUAGCAUUGCACCACUUGCUCACCAAUGGAUCGUCUGCACUGAAUGGGUGCCAUCAGAAUGGAUUACCUAUGAAUUAUUGUGAUUAUUUAUUUUUAAUCAGCUGUUUGGACUCUCAUCCUGACGGCACCCAUUCACUGCAGAGGAUCCAUUGGUGAGCAAGUGAUACAAUGUUAUAUUCCUCCAAAUCUCUUCAGAUGAAGAAACAAACUCAUCUACAGUAUGUCAUGGCAAGAGGAUGAGUACACUUUAUCAAGUUUUAUUUCAUUUUAUUUUAAAUUUUUUUUCCUUGAAAUACCUUGAACGGUGAUUCUUAAGCGAGGAAGGUCUUCUGCUUAAUCUUAAUUAGUGUCUGUGCUGCUGUUCCUGUAACUAAAGGACAGUCCUGCUGCUAUUGGACCGAGUCGAACAGGUCCUGUGCUGGUCUGAAGAAAGCUGUCAGGCGAAAGCAUUUUUAGGGCUAACUUGAUGGUUUGAGGAAAACUGGCUUUAAGUGCUGGACUGUAAGUAACAGAAUAUAGUCCUGUAUAAUAUCUACUUAUGUAAUACAAACACAUGGAUAUAUUGUGCACAGACAAGUAAAUGUUGCUCUCCAUGUUUAAAUGCACAAAAUUAAUGGCACUGGCACUUUUUAGUUUGGAAAUUGCAGGUGAAAUUAUCACCGUUAGAUGUCAAGACUGAGACUCCCAUUGUGAAAAUGAACGUGUCAGAUUGUGUCUUUUCUUGCAGCCCUGGUGAGAUAUUUAUUAUUGAUGAAUGCUCCCUUUGCUGAUCAGAGUCAGGCUUCGCAGUUUAUCAUGUUGUGGAUAAUGUCAGGGUUUCUUCAACAGCUGUAAGGUGCAAUUUUCUUUGAGCAAUUAUUGAGUGAGUGUCAUUUUGUCUGACUUUCAAUAAGGUGUCUUCUGCAAAGGUGUCCCUUUAGUCUAGUAAUCACAUAAGAUCAAAUUGGUAAUUUUAUUUGUAUGUGAUUUUGCUUAUUUAUCUACUUGAUUAAACUGCUUGUUGAAGGUUGGAUUAAUUUUAAUUUUACAGUGUAACAUUUGCAAAUUGCUUUUCAUAUUUCCCUUUGACAUCGGCAUUCCUGUUUUAUUCACACUAGAUUGGUUCCAGACAAUAAAGAUUGACAUCACUGAUAUAAGUGCAUUCCCAGUCGCCAAAAUUGAUGGAGCAUACAAGAAAAUGUCAGGUCAUCUAUUUUUGUAUGUAAUUUCAUUCUGCACACAAAAGCAGCGCAGAAAUAUCCCUCCGGCUAAGUUUUUUUUUUUUCCUGCAUGAACACUGCAGGCUCUGGCAUCAGGAAAUGUACACAUGCAUAAUACAUUAUAUGCCUUUAUGUUGGUUAGUGGUUGUAGUUGGUUAUGCA